GACAGAGGGAGAACGACAGACUCACAGAGAGUGGGAACCAGAGAGAGAGAGACAGAGACAGAGAGAGUGGGAACCAGAGAGAGAGAGACAGAGACAGAGAGAGAGAGAGAGAGAGAGAGAGAGAGAGAGAGAGAGAGAGAGAGACACACACACACACAGAGACAAGGAGGACAACAGGAACUUGGGGAGGUCUAACGCCACACACAGAUGCACAUACGCAUACACUCAACGCACAGCCACACUCACACUCUCCCCCCCCCUCCUUGCUCUCUCUCGUACGCGACUGGACAGGACGCAACCUCCCGACUUCAGCUCCAGCUUCCAACUUCCAAACUGCUGCCCGUCUGCCAGUAAUCCUCUCCACAACUCUAUCACUCUGCUGGCCAGCCAGAAGAAAAGAGAGAAGAAAAGAGAGAGAGGGAGAGAGAGAGAGAGGAGAGGGAAAAAAAGGUAACAGCCGAGCUUCGACCUCUCGCACCUCACAUGGUGCGACACAGACGACUCUGUCACUUGGCAACACGUGUCGAGGCCGUUUCUGCUUGAGCAGGAGCAGGAGCAAGGAGCAAGGAGCAGAAGGAGGAGGAGGUGGUGGUGUAGGUGGAGGGGAAAAAAAGAGAAGAAAAGAAGAAAAAAAGAGGAACUCUUUAAACGCAGAUUACUUUUUUACUCCAGGCCAGCCACUGCAAGAUCUCGAGAGCAGCAGUGGCAACAGCAGCAGCAGCAACAGGACUCUUGUGUGGGGUUUUUUUUCCGUGAGUGAACAUGUGCGCGUUUGUGUGCUCUGAGACUUAUUCUUGCCUCGGCUUAUGUCAGCAUUCAAGAGCCAGUGAGAGUGUUUGUGUCUGCGCUUGUACGUGGGUGUAAGUGUGUGCGUCAGCUUGUGUACAUGUGGUGUGGUGUAUUUCAGAGCGGGUCCAAGUGAAUGUGUCUUGAGCAAGUGAGUGCGCUUUCUGUUUCAUUGAGUAAGUGUGUGCACAUAUGUGUAUGUCAGCGUGUGUUCUCUGUGUGAGUGUGCCUGCGCUUUUUGUACAUGCGUAAAUGUGUGUGUGUGCAUACACACGUGUGUUAGUCAGUGUACGUGUGUGUUAGUGUCAGUGUGUAUGUGUGUGUGUGUGAAUGUGCUAUGACCGGAGCAGGGAUGGCCCCAAGAUGUUCUCUCCCUAGGAGGUCCGCAAUGGACGUACACAGCAGCAUCAAACAGCAUUCCUAUAGUGUCGUAAGGGUAAUAAUAGCCGCAUAAGUUCAUUGAAAACGUGAUAAUAUUUACGCUUCAGAUACUGUUUGGUUGUGCAACUUUGUGGUUUCGGGUAGCGACAGCUGUGUAGAGCGUGUUAUAAGACAUAUUAGCUGACACUGACAGCCGUUUCUACCGUAAUUUGGCGUUUAGUGGCUGCAGUGCUGCCUGACCUGUUGGCCUUCUAACUUCUCAACCCCAAAGCCACCCCCAGACAACUACAACUACAACAACUGUGUGCGUGUUUGCUUGCUCUAAUCCAGAGGACAAAAAGUUGACAGGAUCACAGACUGGACUGGUCUGGACUAGAGAGAGAAAGGUCACUCACACACGGGUGAAAACAUUACCGAUUACUACACACACACACACGAGUGCCUCAGUUUCCUUUCAUUACUCAUUCAGUAUUGUUUUGAGGUUCCUUUUGAUUUUUUUUACAAGUAAACCCAAAAAAGGAACUAAUCCAUUUCUGGUGCAAGAUUUUGAAAUUCAAAAUCAAAGACCGUUGGCAGAUUGCAACAGCUUCACUGAUUCAUUUUCUUUCAACUGCCGGUUGUCAGUCAGGGAUCUGCAGCGAUCAUGAAGUGGCAUAGGCUGCUGGCGUGCCCUUUACUCUCCUUGGCUGCCCUCCUGGUGGUCGCCAGCUGUGGCCUCGGUGUCGGCGGUGCCAGGGACUCCGAGUCGAGACGAGGAGGAGGAGGCGGCACAGACGGCACCGCCGGGACGUCGCUGGGCAGAGGCGGUAGCAGCAGCAGCAGCAGCAGCAGCAGCAGCGGGCCUGUUGGCAGCAGCAGCAGCAGUAGCAGCAGCAGUAGUGGUAACAGCAAUGGUGGAGGUAGCGCAAGCGGCGCGUCAUCGUCGAGCGGGCGAGACCGCCGCUACCACCGCGUGCAGCACGGCCAGUGCACCUACACCUUCAUCCUGCCGGAGGGCGAUGUGGGAGGUUCGUCGUGCCGCGAGUCCAAGUCGUCGGGCACCGUAGCUGCCGGCGGUGCGACGUACAGCAGCGGCGGCGGUGGAAGUGCCAACGCCAACUCUUUGCAGCGGGACGCCCCGCCGCCCGAGCCGGACUUCCCCACGCAGAAGAUACAGCAGCUGGAGCACGUCAUGGAGAACUACACACAGUGGCUGCAGAAGAUUGAAAACUACAUCAGGGAGAGCAUGAAGAUGGAGAUGGCACAGCUGCAGCAGAGUGCCGUGAACAACCACACGGACGCCAUGCUGAAGAUGGGCACCAGCCUCAACAGCCUCACCAGCCUACUGUCGCGGACAGCGGAGCAGGCUCGCAAACUCACGGAUGUGGAGACACAGGUUCUGAACCAGACGUCGAGGCUGGAGAUCCAGCUGCUGGAGAACUCGCUGUCCACCAACAAGCUGGAGAAGCAGCUCAUGCUGCAGACCAACGAGAUCAGCAAGCUACACGACAAGAACGGCUUCCUGGAGCAGAAGAUGCAGGAGAUGGAGGGGCGCCACCGCGAGGAGCUGGAGGCCCUGCGGGAGGAGAAGGGCAGCCUGCAGGCGCUGGUGGGCCGCCAGAUAGGGGUGAUCCGGCAGCUGGAGGGCCAGCUGGGCCAGGCCACGGGCAACAGCACCGCCCUGCAGAGGCAGCAGCAGGACCUCAUGGACACCGUGCACAACCUGCUCAACCUCUGCGCCAAGGACGGAGUGAUCCCCAACAGCACCAAGCAGACAGCAGCGGCGGCGGCGGCGGAGGAAGAGAAGACGUAUAAGGACUGUGCGGAGCUCUUCAAGGCCGGCUUCCAGAGGAACGGCGUCUACACCAUCCAGAUCAGCAGCCUGGAGCCCAGGAAGCAGGUCUACUGUAACAUGGAGAGCGCCGGCGGUGGAUGGACGGUGAUCCAGCAUCGGGAGGACGGCAGUGUUGACUUCCACCGGACAUGGAAAGAGUACAAAAUGGGCUUUGGCGGUGUGUCCGGGGAGCAUUGGCUGGGUAACGAGUUUGUGUACCUGCUGACCAGCCAGCGGCAGUACGCUCUGCGCGUGGAGCUGACAGACUGGGAUGGACACCAGGCGUACUCCCAGUACGACCGCUUCCACAUCGGCACCGAGAAGCAGAACUACAGGUUAUUCCUGAAGAGCCACACAGGAACAGCGGGUCGGCUGAGCAGUCUGGUGAUCCACGGAGCCGACUUCAGCACCAAAGAUGUGGACAACGACAACUGCAUGUGCAAGUGCGCUCUCAUGCUCACUGGCGGCUGGUGGUUCGAUGCUUGUGGUCCAUCGAACCUCAACGGGAUGUACUACACGCAAGGGCAACAUGUGGGCAAACUCAACGGGAUCAAGUGGCACUACUUCAAGGGACCCAGCUACUCCCUCCGGGCCACCAGAAUGAUGAUUCGACCCCUGGACUUCUCAUAAUGCUGUACAUGACCUCUCUGACCCCUGGACUUCUUAUACAGUAAUCCACGACUUCUCCAACCCCUGGACUUGUUAUAAUACAACAACCUCCCCUCUAUUCCACUAUUCCCCAGCAAGGGCCUCCGACAGCUUUGGCCGGAGACAGGACAAAGUCAUUUGAAAAAGCCCCCCCUCCGAGAAAUAUAGUAUAUACAAUAUAAUGAGGACCCAAUUCUGGGCACCCCCUUCUCCCUGGGUACGGGACACGUGACCCCUUUGUCCCCCACCGUCGGCUCCGCCGUUCCCCAUAUCCAACAAAACUGAACCAUCUUCACACUUACAGCUGCUUACAGCUAAACUCUUUGGAUACAUAUGACCAGGAUGAAUGACAAUUUCAGACAUACUGCGCCAUCUCCCCUCCCCUUCUCCUCCCUUCCUUCCUUUCCCGUUCUUUCUCCUCUCUUCUCUUCUCUUCUCUUCUCUUCUCUUCUCUUCUCUUCUCUUCUCUUCUCUUCUCUUCUCUUCUCUUCUCUUCUCUUCUCUUCUCUUCCCUGUCUCCCUACAACUCCAUUCCACACACCACAAGAGCUCUGUCGUGGGAAAGUUCCAGAACACUGCUCGUCUUUCUCAUGUGACAUUUAGCAGCUCCACUGAACUGGUUUGCUCUGGCUCUGUGGCAUCUGGCGCGCCCUAGUACUACCUGGUGGCAAGCGACACCUUUGCCCGAUAACCUUCUCUCCGUGGUGCCCGCAGCUGGCGGGGAAUAUCUGGAUAGAGCCGGCGGCCGGUCGGGCAGGCGGACCUAUUCUUAUCGCAGGCCUCUCCCCCGUGGUAGGGGCCAAGGCCGCUGACAGCUUUUGCUGGGCCUAGGACAAAAUAAUCUGAAAGGGCCCCGCCACCACAAUACAUUCAAUGCAAUGAGGCCCCCUCUCUCUCGCUGGGCCCAGGACAGCUGACCCCGUUGUCCCCUCUCUAAUGACUUCCCCGGUAGGAGCUUCGACUCCUCUGGAACUUUUGGAAGACAGGCCCGGUUGGAACUUUUGGAAGACAGGCCCCCGGUUGUUCUGUUAUUUUUACUUUUGAACUAUGAGCCUGAAGUGCCAUACACACGUCUCACGCUGGAUCAGAGGAACAUUACUGUUGUCUGUGAUGAGACAUGACAAGCCUCUGGCUUUGUUUGCCAGCUACAGAUGCUCGGUAAACUCUCUCCAUGUGGAAGGUCAUUGGAAAGCCGUGAGGGAGACGUCUGCAUAGUUUUGUCUUUUUUUAUAUAUAUAUAAUAACAUGGAUUAUUGAAUUGCACAACGACCUUUGGGACAUGAGUUAUUUUAUAUUUUAUGCAUUUUUUUGUAUACCAGUACUCCAGUUUGCUACAUUUGGAAUGCUAUACUCUUUUUGUACAUAAUUUCCCAGGCAACCUGAGAAGAAGACUCAUUGCAUAGCACUCUAACUAAACUUGCAAGGUCACUCAUAGCAAAAUAUGUGUAAUAUUUGUCUUUCGUGGGCAACAGAAUGGAACAAUGACUCUGGGAAAGAAAGAAGGCCAUUGGUCAACACAGUGUUGCUGUAACAUGCAUGCUUGUCGUCCUGCCAAAUCCUGUUGAUUAGCUGGAGGGCUUGUGUUGUCCGAUUGUUGUUAUUGGCUGUGACCUGUGAUAAAAAAGGUUGAUCCACAUUUAUUAUUGGGUGUUUUACAGGCAGUGAUUGCCAAGAUUCCAAAAGUGCAAUAAUUUCAGCUCAAUGUCAGCAAUCACAUUAGUGGAUGUCAAAGAAAAUGCGCCAUUGCAACAUGGCUACAAUGCAAGACACGUCAACAUGCGUACAACGUGUACAACUCACUCGAGGAGGAACAAAAUAAACUCAAACAGAUGGGCUGUUGUAUCUCAUUAUAAAUAAGGUAUUCUGUGGUCAUUAAACAAUAUGCUGGUAAAAAACUACAACUCUACUAUCUAAUUAGAUGCU